AUGAAAACCACCGCUUUCAUAUCAGCAGCCUUCGCAACGGCCGUAUGUGCUCAGAAUGCCACCACCUUUAUCAACCCAGCGGUGCCAACGGGGCAACCCAUCCCAGGGAACUACUCCGGGGGCUUGCGACCCCAAGUCCACUUCUCCCCGCCGCAGUUCUUCAUGAAUGACCCCAACGGCAUGUUCGUCGAUGCCAACGGCACCUACCAUCUCUACUACCAGUACAAUCCUACGGGUCUCGGGGCCGGAAACCAACACUGGGGCCAUGCGACGAGCCGCGAUCUCUACCAUUGGGAGAACCAGCAGAUCGCCCUCUUCCCGCCAGAGGAGAGCGUCUUUGUGUUUUCCGGGAGCGCCGUGGUCGACGUGAACAACACGUCAGGUUUCUUCCCGGACCAGACCAACGGCGUGGUCGCCAUUUUCACCCUCGCUCGCUACUAUCCCAACGCCGCCGGCCCUCAAACGCAGAACAUCGCUUACUCGCACGACGGCGGGUAUACAUUUCAACUGUAUGACGACAAUCCCGUGAUAGACAGCACAAGCAUCCAUUUUCGGGAUCCCAAGGUCAUCUGGUAUGAGGAUCAUUGGGUCGCCGUCAUCGCCUAUUCGCAGGAGUUUGCCGUCGGCAUCUUCACCUCGCCCGACCUGAAGGACUGGACUUUUGCAUCCAACUUUUCCUACCACGGUCUGCUCGGGACCCAGUACGAGUGCCCCAAUCUCGUGAAACUCCCAGUCAGGGAUAGCGAGGGCGCGGUGACGAGCGAGGCCUAUGUGAUGACGCUCUCUGUACAGCCUGGCGCCCCGCUGGGUGGUUCCAUAACCGAGUAUUUCCCCGGCGACUUCAACGGCACUCACUUCAUCCCCUUCGACUCGGCGACCAGGCUCACCGACUUCGGCAAGGAUAACUACGCCGCCCAGUACUUCUACGGCGUGCCCGACGGCGAGGAUGCCAUCAGCAUCGGCUGGGCGUCCAACUGGCAAUACACGCAGCAGGUACCGACGGGCAACCUGGAAGGUUGGCGGAGCGCCAUGACGGCCCCGCGUGCCAACUACCUGCAGAAGGCGGACCGCAUCGGCCUGACCAUGAUGAACAAGCUCGUAGACCCGGCGCCGGUGCUAGACGAGCCCCUCGAAACCACAAGCUUCGGCAACUCCUCGCUCUCGCUCGACUUCUCCGACGUCGCCUCCAACGCGCUGUACAUCGAGGCCAACGUGACGGGCAUCAACACAACGCUCGUCACCGGCAGCACCACGCUAAACCUCACCUUCACAUCCCCUGCGUCGGGCGAGUCGCUGCGCUCCGGCUUCUUCUUCGGCGGCGACACGCCCUUCUGGAUCGACCGCGGCCUGGUGCGCGGCUUCGACAACAUCUUCUUCACCGACAAGUUCAGCGCGGCCAACGUGUACGACGGCGGCGACGGCACCCUCGCCUCCUGGCGCAUGCAGGCCCUCUUCGACCGCUCCAUCUGCGAGUGGUUCCUCGACGGCGGCGUCCAGGCCGCCACCGUGCUCUUCUACCCCACCCAGCCGCUGACCACCCUGUCUCUGGGGUCGCAGGCUCUGCCCCCCGGGGCUACCGUGAACGUUGCCAUCUGGUCGCUGAAGAGCGCCUGGGCGCCGUAUGCGAAUGAGCAGGGGACUGUUGUGGGUAAUGUCUCGUCGUCUGGGGAGGGCGCCGCCGGUUCUAGGAGGGACAUGAUUUAUGAGGGCUCUUUUAGCAGCUAA